AUGGUCGCGAUGUCGACGUUGUCCGGGAAGACGUUGUCCGGGAACGACCCGGACAGGUAUCAGAAGCAGAAGAAGGCGGCGGCGGCGCGCGAGAGGCGAGAGCGAGCCAAGAUCGAGAAGCAGUCCGCCAAGAUGGCCGCGGCGGCGGCGGAGGCGGUCGCGGCGGCGGGAAGCAAGCGGCCGGCCGAGACGGCACCGGACAAGGAUCCGGCCGGCGGCCGGGCGAAGCGCGGGCCGGCAGCGGGCGGCGGCGGCGGCGGGCGGAGCGGCGGCGGCGCGUGCGACAGCGACGGGUCGCGGCUCAACGCGGCGCUGCAGGCGGAAGUGAUCGCGCUGAAGGCGCAACUGGCGGCGAAGACUGAGGCGGCGGCGGCGGCGUCGCUGGCGCACGCGGCCAAGACGGCGGAGCUGGCGCGAGCGCGGGAGGCGCUGUUGCCGAAGUCUGGGCCGCUCGAACCGGUCAGCAUCGAGCAACGCAACGAAGCCUUUCGCGUGCGCUCCGACGGCCAGGCGCGAGGCGACGCGGCGACCGUGCGGGCUUCGCAGCGAGCGGUAUCCAAGACCGCCGAUUCUUUGCCGGCCGAUCCGUACCAGGCGGGCGUCGUGCUCGACGCCGUCGUGAAGAGGUACCCGGAGGCGGCGGCCUCCGUCGGCCUGCGAACGCAGUCCGACGUCUCUUUGGCUGAGGAGCUGCUCGGGCGCGUGCGCAAGUCACUCGCGGGCAUCUUCGCGACGGACGGGAAGCGGUCGCGCGGGUCGCUGUCGAACGAUGAGCAUCAGGCGGUCGACACACUGCUCGUCUUCCUGGCGCAGGAGGAGGAGGGCGAGGCGCUGCAGCGCGGCCGACACGCGAAGAAGGCGAAGGCGGACGGCGGCGAGGUGCCGGUCGCCAAGGUGUCGCGCGUGCGCGAGAUCGCUGAGCUGCUCGGCAUGUCGCCGUCCACCACGCACCGCCGCCUCGUUGCGGCCCUCGAGCGGCGGCGCAAGCUGGAUGACCCCGAGCUGCGGGCGUAUUGGCUUGCAACGCGGACGCUGCUCGGCCACCGGCACAGUGACGAGGUGAAGCGCAUGGUGCUCGAGUUCUACGUGGCGCACCCCUCGAUCAAGCGCUCGCCCAUCAAGUCCGACGUGCUGAAAUUCAAGGACGACCAGGGCGAGGACAUCUUCGUGCCCAAGCUGUUGAGCGAGGUCUCGCUGACGGACGUGUACCUCGACUUCAAAAAGGCCAACCCGAACGUCAUCAUUGGCGAGGCUGCCUUCCGGAAGCUGAGGCCACGCGAGCUGCGGCGCAUGACCAAGCGCCACUUGGACAUGUACUGCAUCGAGUUCCGGCUCCAGCACCAGGCCCUGAACCGGGCGCGCGCGUCGCUCGCCAAGCGGCACGGCGCCGGCUACACGGCCGCGUACGACCACGCCGCGCCCAAGGACGCCGUCGCUGCCUCGCUGUGCCAGCCAUGCGACGCGACGGGCUCGGCGAGCCUGACGUGCAUACUCGGCCGCUGCAAGCACUGCGGGGUGUCCAAGAUGAAGACGAGCCCGCGCGAGGAGGACACGUCGGCGACCGCCUACCGCGUCACACACCAGGUGUAUGAGACACGUGAGGUGGAGACGUCGUACGUCGACGAGACCACUGGCGACCGCAAGAAGACGUCGAAGCUGAUGCUGGUCGAGAAGACCGUGCCUAUCGGCGAAUUCAUGCAGCAGUACCGAGAGAAACUGCAAUACUUCUGCUUUCACAACCAGAUGGCAAAGUGGACCUGGAUGGUGCGCAAAGACAGGGCGGCCAUUCGGAAAGGUGACCUCUCGCUGAUCAUGGACUACUCGGAGAAACUCAACCGCCUGCGCAGGACGCAGAUUCAGACUGAGCAUUGGGUCAAUACCGCUAUCACUAUCGAGGUGGCUGUGGCUGAGGGGUUCAAGGCGACGAUCCCGGCGGACGACCCGGUGCUGGCCGGGCUCGCCUCCAUGUCGCCUGAGGAGCGGGGCAAGGAGCUCGACUCGCUCGGUGUGCUAGAGAAGCAGAUCUACUACCACUGCUCUGACUACAAGGCGCAAGAGGCCAAAGUGACGACGCACAACAUGCGUGUCAUGCUGGAUGAGCUGCUGCAAGCGAAUGUGCUACUAGACGGGGGCACUGUGUGGCUCAAGACGGACGGGUGCGCUAAACAGUACAAGUGCAGCAAAGCCAUGUACCUGCUCUGCGUGCUAGUCGCUGACCUGCGGGCGAAAGGGAAGCGUGUGACCAUCGACCAGAUGCUGGAGGUCACGGGGCACGGCAAGGACGAGGCGGACGGGCACGGGGGCGUGUUUAAGAACUGGCUCACCGGCGAGAUGAUGCGGUCGGACUUCAUGGAGGGGGACGAGUCGGUCGUCGCCUCGUCUGACGCAAGGGAGGGAGAGGCUGUCAGCUUCGCAGAUGCGUGCGCGAAGCGCGCGCGUGAGGGUUUUGGCGACCUCAAGCCGGCCGGGAUGAACUCCAAGCGGCGCGAGAAGUCGAACACCGCCAAGCGGCACGUGCGCACCUACGAGGAGCACGACAUUCGUGACGCGCCCGCCAUCAAGGAGAUGACCGCCGCGCUGGCUGCCGACGCGGAGGAGGGCGAGGACUCGAGGAUCAAAGCCACGCUCGGCCACAACAACUUCCGGGCCGACCCCGACCUGCAGAAGGACGGGAAGUACGUCAUUGCCGCGCGGCGGCUCGGGUGCCUUUGCGACGGCUGCCGCCGGGCCCUGGCGCGGCCGAUCGCGACGCGCUAUCAGCCGCACGACGACUGCGUGCACGCCGCAGCCUUUGGGCGCGACAACGACUGGAAACUGUGUGAGCUAGUGAGCAAGGACGGGGCGUCGGAGGAGCUCAUCGAGGAGGACGCGCAGCUGCAGCUCGAGGCGCGGACCGACGGGGUGGUGAGCGGGUUGGUGGCGGGCGAUAACAUUGCCUUUGCAACGGCGGACGAGGUCUACUACGCGCGGGCGCUAGGGCCGGCGUACCGGCUCGACGCGGACGUGGAGCUCGAGGAGCUUGAGGGCGGAGACGGCAAGGCGAUUCAGCUAGAGAAGGGGAGCCUCGUCAUCGACGCCUGGUACUACAACAAGGUCCCUGGCGUGAGCAACUGGAUGACUCCUUUUGAGGAGGGCGCGGCGGGAGGGCGGGUGCGCAUCCCGUCGCACCUCAUCCUUCACGCCGGGUUCGCCAUGCCGCUGGCUGUCGUACCUGCGCAGCGGGCUGCGGGGAAGAAGAAGAAGAAGGCCUGGGGGCUCCCUGAGGCCAAGGCCGAGGCGGUGGCUAAGGGUGCGGUGGUGGUGUCGGCAGAGGUGCGGGCGGCGUGCGUAGAGGAGUUGUCGCGCCGCGACGAGUAG